AUGUCCAUGUUUUUGCGUCCUCCGCACUGCGAAUGGUUGGCUCUGCAGGGCGACCGAGCGACCGGGGUGGAAGUUCGUGGGCCGAAUGGCGAGGUUGCUAAGACCCAGGCAUAUAAGGAGGUCAUUGUUGGCAGUGGAGUUUACGAAUCCUCGAAGCGGGUGAUGCUAUCUGGAAUCGGACCGGAAAAUGCACUGGCGCAAUUCGGCAUGAAGGCCAUCUCCAGCUCGCUGCAUGUCGGCCAGAACCUGCCUGACCACCCUAUCCUGCCACAUGUUUUCCGUCUAAAACACGGCCUAGGCUUGGGUGACCACCUGCUCCGAGCUGGCCCGCAAAAAGCAGGAGCUGUCUCCGCCUACAAUCGCAGCGACUUGCUGGAUCUAGUCGGUUACUCGCGUAUUGAUGAGCGCCUCGCUAGAAUCAAAGAGUAUGUCAAGGCAAAGCAGGACAACGGUGGCAAGGACCUGUUUGGUCCAGCUGGACAGCCGCGCCGAAUGUUCUUUGAUGCUUUCCAAUGGCAUAAUCCCGUUCCCCAGAAAGAAGCUGGUUCACUGUUAUAG